GCAGCCCAAACUGAGGAAGAGAUAAAAAAUCAAGAAGCAAAUGAUAUUGAUAAGAGACCCAGAAAAGAACACCAACUCAAUGCACAACAAACACAAGUAACCACAGAAAAUCACGUGAACCAAAAAAAUGUGACCCAAGGAUAUAACAAAGAAUAUGCAAGUCACAUGACAAAUAUCCAAGUAGACGAAUCUGUAGGCCAAACAAAUGACAAGCAAGAUAAAACUCUGCCAGACCCAGCUCAACAUUACACAAACAUCUCUAAACUUAAUGCCAGACAGCUAUUGAGAGAAGCUAAACUUCAAAAAAAGGAAUUAACAGCUCACAAAACACCCACCUCAGAAUUAGAGUUUAGCCCAGACAAUCUCUACACUAAAAAAACACUAGAUACAAAAGAAGAAGAUAUAUCCAAAAUUAAAGAAUCAGACACACCCAUGCCAGAUGCUUUAUCAACAGAACUGUCAUUAAGGCAUGAAGGGCCAAGUGUUAUAGAUGACAAAGAACAGGAAACACCUUUUAUAGUUGUGUCUCACAAAAAACCCAAAAACAAGAACAAGGAAAAAAGCACUAAGGGCGAUGAAAAUCCUCUUCAUCCAGAACAAAAUCAAAAGGCCUUAGGAGACACCUGUUAG